CCUCCCUAAAAUACGAGAAACGGCACAGUAUUGACCACAACAAAAAAACCUUCCACCAAAAAACACUCAUUCACUCAACACAUAAACCAUAACUCUCAGACCGCCGCCGCGACAGCCGUUCGAAUUGCAGCGAGCCGCCGAUCACUGACCACGAAAAACAGCAUUGCCUGUAUAAAAUAAUUUGAACUUCAGAGAUGGAGUAUGUCAGCCCAGAAGGACUUCGCUUGGAUGGUCGCCGACCCAUGGAAAUGCGACAAAUUCGAGCAGAGAUUGGUGCAGUAUCCAAAGCUGACGGCUCGGCCAUUUUCGAGAUGGGUAAUACCAAAGUGAUUGCUGCUGUUUAUGGCCCUAGAGAGGUUCAAAAUAGGAGCCAGCAACUGAGUGAUCAGGCUCUGGUUAGAUGUGAAUACAGCAUGGCUAAUUUUAGCACUGGUGAUCGCAUGAGGAAACCAAAGGGUGACAGGAGAUCAAUUGAAAUUUCUUUGGUUAUUCGACAAACCAUGGAAGAAUGCAUAUUGACACAUUUAAUGCCCCGUUCCCAGAUAGAUAUUUAUGUCCAAGUUCUCCAAGCUGAUGGAGGAACUAGGUCUGCUUGUAUAAAUGCUGCAACUUUGGCCCUAGCUGAUGCUGGGAUCCCCAUGCGUGAUCUUGUAACUUCCUGUAGUGCCGGAUACCUCAAUAGCACUCCUCUACUCGAUUUGAACUAUGUAGAAGACAGUGCUGGAGGUCCUGAUGUAACUGUAGGAAUUCUGCCGAAGUUGGAUAAAGUGACGCUUCUUCAGAUGGAUUCUAAACUGCCAAUUGACAUUUUGGAAAAUGUUAUGCAACUUGCUACAGAAGGCUGCAAAGCAAUUGCAAACUACAUUCGAGAAAUUUUGCUGGAGAACACAAAGGAACUCGAGUAUCGACGUGGUUCAUAGUUUUUAUAGAAACAAUGUUUCCUUUUUGCUUGUUUCUUUUUGUCUAUUUGAAGAUAGUGCUGUAGAGGAAGGAACAAACAAUCUAAACACUAUUUUUUAGAGAACACAUUGAAAUUCAAACAUGUUCUAUUCAAUCA